AUGUUUGGUAAAGUGAUUGUCUUAAUCAUGUCAAUAUUAAGUCAUCUUCUCAUUUACAAUUUUAUAAGGAUUUCGCUUGUGUAUAAAAAUAAGUAAGAAGUUGAACAAAUAUUAACAUACCUGAACAAAUACUUAACAACAACCUAUUAUGCUCCUCCAGCCAAUCAUUCUGCAGUACAAAUUUAUUUGCCAUUUUUAGUAUAAUUCAAUUCUGGUCAAACCAGAAUACGACUAUUGUAAAAGAUCAGACAUAUACAAAUUUUAUCACCCUGAUGUCAUUAUGACCGACACGUAUACUUUUCGUGAAGCCAGAGGAGUUAUCAGAGAUGCAUUGAGAUCGUCAUAUUAUGAUUGCAUUCCCAAAAUGUACUUUAAAAUACAGAAUACUUAAAGUAACCAUCUAUAUUCUAAUAAAUACCUAGUCUUAUCUAAAUAUGUGUUACCAGAACAAUUGACUUUACCAUUCACCUACUACGACUAAUUGAUACAUAAAUUUAAAGUUGGAUAAGGUAGAGAUUAUUUUAUAGAUAUUAGCUUCUCUAUGCUUGUUCUAAAAAUAUAACCAUUUGCCAUCAAGACACGUUCUCUCUCAUAAAGACAACCUUAUGAAUAACUAAUAUAAAUACAUAGACUCUCUACGAGAGAAAGGUGUUGAUUAAGAGUGUAUCAACAAUGCAACCUUCAUCCCGAAAACCUAUCGUUUAUUUUAGAAAUAAGAUUGCAAGGAAUUUUUCGAUUAUUUGAAUUCUAGUGAGUAUUAGGACAAAAUAGCUGAGGAAGGACCCUAAUUUAUUACCAAAGUAGGUUUAGAGGUUCAUAGAGGCAGAGGUAUAAAAGUCCUGUUUCCUGCCGAAACUAAAAAAUUGUAAGAGACUUAUCGAUAUGGUAAGAGAUGCGGAUUAGAUCAUUCACUGUUAGUAGCACAAUAGUAUAUUGGAAAUCCGAUGCUCUACAAUAAACAUAAGAUAGAGUUUCGAAUAUAUUGGGUCCUGGCCUCCACCAACCCAAUAAUAGCCUAUGCUUAUGAUAACACCUUAAUCAGAAGGUGUAUAGCUCCUUUUGAUAAAUUUUCUUUGAAUAAGGAGGCUCAUGUUUGUAAUACAGCCAUCGUGAAGAGUACUCUGAAAUAGAGAGGAUCUGAUUUGGAUAUGGAUGAUGAAAAUGCUGAUGAAUCUGAAUUGUUUAUUGAUUGGAAAUUAGAUUAUUUGCAAGAGUUGCUACUAAAAUAGGGGAAGAUUAAGGACAAAAAGUGGCUCUAAAAUUAUCUCUAUCCUACAGUUGAUAGAAUGAUCAUCCAUUCUAUUAAGUCUGUGGAAGGAUAGAUAACAAAAGACAGUAGAUUAGCAGAGUUCUUUGCUGCUGAUUUUAUUUUGACUGAUGAUCUGAAAAUUCACAUCAUGGAAAUUAAUUAUAACCCUUAAACACUCAAGACUACACCUGCAAGAGAGAAGCAACAUACCAAGAUGACUUAGGAUAUGAUUGAUAUUCAAAAUGCCUAUCUUAGGAGCAAGUACUUAAGAUUUAAGAAGAUCAUUCUGAAAAUAGUAGCUAAGAUGAAAAAAGAAAAAAGACCUCUCGAUUAAACUCUUACACCUAAAAUUAUAGAGGAAAUAAACGAAGCAUACAAGGAUAAGCUAGAUUAAGGAAUAAAACUAUAAGAUGACAAUCUAUUCAGAUUAGUAAUGGAUGAAAACUUGCCAGGGACAAAACAAUAUAAGAAUCUAAUUUAGACCAAAUGUUUAUGA